AUGUCGAUGAUGGAUUUGCAAAUCGAAAAGCAGUAUUCAUUUUGUGGACUGUCAUUACGUUGUGCCACUCAAGCCUGUACAGCAAUUCAGGCACUGCUUUGCCUAGUGUUGGGGAUCUCCUAUCGUGUUUUGCUCGAGCCAUCGGUGAUUGCAUCAAUUCUGUUUGGAAUCCACAUGUUCUGCACACUACUUUCAUUGAUAUUCCUGGUAUUCUGUUUUCUUAAACGGAAAUUCGGCACAUUCUACGAGGUUCUAUUACACGCCUAUCUGUUAAGCAUCUUGCUUAUGGCUCUCACGUCACUGUUUGCGGUUAUGUUCCUUCCGUUAGCGUUUCUUCAGCAAUCUCAUUCGUUCAGCGAAGGUUAA